UUUCAUUCGAGGGAGCGCCCGCAGCUUUGGUUUCUGAAUCAUGCGAGAGCAGUGCUGCUACUAUUCCCGGAUUUCAUACCGAGUCGCUUCCUGGGGCUCGCUGGAUGCCAGAAAGACAGCUUAUUUUUAUUUUUUGACAUGCCCGUCACAUGUAUCGGAUACGCAGACAGAUGGGAUUAGUAAUGUUUUGGUUUAUUGGAUUGCUUUUAAUGAUCACCUGGGCUGAAAGUUACAGAGAUAAGAUCCCAGCCCCGAGAAACCUCACGUCUUCCAUAAAGAACCCGUUUGAUGUGACGUGGUCAUGGAGCCCCCCAGACGGUGUAGCUGCAGACAAAGGCUGUAUAAAAUACGAGUCUUCAUUAAACUCUAAAAAUCAUGUCAGGGAUUUCAGUCUGUCUCGGGAAGUUUACUUUGCUUUGAAUGAUGAAAUUCAUUUCCAUGUGAAAGCAUUUAAUAUUUGUGAUUCCAGUAAGGACGGUGAAUGGGCAAACAUAUCUCUACCAGCACCACCAGGAAUGGCUGAGGGUCUGACGUCACGGCAGAAGAAGGGACAACAAAAUCAAAAAGGCGAUGUAGAAAGUUCAGUGAAACAUUUCCAGUGUGUUAUCUAUGAGGAGGGAUGCAUGAACUGCACUUGGCAGCCUGGCACUAAACCACACUUCGCAUACAGCCUCUACUACUGGCAAAAAAACCUGGGCGAACUGCAAACAUGCAGCGAAUACAUCGUGAGUGAUGGUGUGAGGCAGGGAUGCCAUUUCCACGAGUCCAGACAGCCGUGGAAUGCAUCCCGUAUUGUGUAUAUUCUAGUCAAUGGAUCCCAAGAUUAUGCUGAAGUCAGACCCUUCCACUCGGCGGUUGACCCACAGACAAUAGUGAAGCCUUAUCCUCCAAACAUUACAAGCAUAACAUUGAAAGAAAACAAACUCUUCGUUGAGUGGGCAGAACCAAGUCACUUCCCCACACGUUGCAUUGCCUUUGAUCUAAGAUACAAGGACAGCAUAUUGACACACUGGAAAGAUAUAACUGGAAUAAAAGACCCUAAAUUCAGCUUCGAUAUUGAGCUAAAGAAAAAAUACAUGGUUCAAGUGCGUUCCCAAUACAAUGGCUACUGUGGAAGCAAGAGCUUGGGUGAAUGGAGUGAAGUGAAACACUAUGGUGAAGCAGCUGAAACGGACCGGACUCUCUACAUUGUUGUGUUAAUUGUUGCUCCUCUUGUGGUCGCUGCAGCAGCUAUUACACUUCUGGUUUAUCUCAAAAGACUCCAGAUUUAUCUACUGCCUCCGAUCCCUGACCCAGGAAAGCUUUUCAAAGACAUGUUUGAAAGGAAUGGAGAGAUGCUGAACUGGACAAUGCAAGCAAAGGAAUGCCAGAUAUUCAUUCCUAAAGAAGAAGUCUGUAUCCCAGUCCUGGUGGAGGUGGAGCAGGAACUGGAAUGCAUAUCGGAUUAUCAGAACCUGAAGAGAACCGGAACUGGAAAAGGAUCCGAGGAGUUAUUGUGAGACCUUUUAGAAGUACAGACUGGAUCUGACCAUCCCUUUGAGAUCCUUACCUCAGUAGUGAUAUGUAGCUACCUUAUGGCUUUGUAAUCAUAUCCUGAUGUAACUAUCACUAUUAUCUGCUGUAUUAUUGAAUUGUGGUUUGUCACACUUGUACUUUGCUUAAACAAAAGUUAUUGUAUUUCUUGCUCUUAUUGUAUUACUUGUAUUGUAACACUUGAAAUGUAUUUGCUUACGAUUGUAAGUCGCCCUGGAUAAGGGCGUCUGCUAAGAAAUAAAUAAUAAUAAAUAAUAAAGUAUGUGAGGAAAACAAACAAGCUGCAGUUACAGCAUGUGGCCACCUUAUGACACAGUUGCUAACAUAACAAAAUAACUGAAUGAAAAUAAAAAAUA